AGAUAAUCAAAAUGAAGUGUGCCGUAAUCCUCUUAUUCUGCACAUGCGCUGUUUGGGCUGAACCAACUGAAGAAAAUAAUAUUCAACAAUUAGCAGUUGCUACUAGACAUUUUACUGCUGAUGUAUACAAGGAAAUCCUCAAAACCCAACAAGGCGAUCUGGUAUUCAGUCCUUUCUCCGUCGAAACCAUCCUAGCUCUUCUAUCGGCCGGCGCAAAUGGUCCCACACAUGAUGAACUCGUUCACAGUCUCUCCCUACCAUCGUCCCAACAAAGCAUCCAAAAGUCUUUCAAGGAAUUUUUGCCCAAAUUGACAUCUAAUACUAAUGAUCUGAAAUUAUUAUCGGCCAAUAAAAUUUAUGCGAGAGAAGACGUGAAGUUUGAAGAUGCCAUUGAACAGGUGGCUGUUGAUGUUUAUCAUUCUGGUGUAGAAAAUAUUGAUUUCUCCAAAAACGACGAAGCUGCCAAUACCAUUAACAAAUGGGUAGAAACACAAACAUACAUUAAAAUCACAGAUCUCAUCAAAUCCGAUUCUCUUUCUAACGCCACCUCUUUGGUACUGGUUAAUGCUCUAUAUUUCAGCGCUAAAUGGGCAAAUCCUUUCAGAGAUUAUCUAACUAAACCUCAAAAAUUUUACAAAAAUAAAAAUGACUACGUUGAAGUUCUAACUAUGAGUCAAAUCAACUACUUCAAUUACUAUGACAAUACUGAGUCGGGUGUCCAAUUUUUAGAACUCCCAUACGUUGGUGAUGGUUUGAGCAUGGUUAUUGCAUUGCCAUACGAAAAAGAAGGUUUGACAGCUCUUGAAAAAAACGUAGAAAAUCUUUUAGAAACUCAAGAAUUGAAACCUAAACGUAUGCACCUUAAAUUGCCCAAAUUCACAAUUGACUCAGAAUUUCCAUUAGUCGAUAGCCUUAAAGGUUUUGGAGUCAAAAAAAUAUUCGAUGGCGAAGCUGACUUGUCUGGUUUGUCUUCGACCAACGAGAAGUUGAUUGUUUCGGAAGUUGUCCAAAAGAGCUUCAUCAACGUUACUGAGAUUGGAACCGAAGCUGCUGCAGCAACUGGAGGUCAGUGUGUUAUCGGUUUUAAUAAUAAUAUAGUACAGAAUGUAUCAAAAUGAUUGGCCACAAAUGAUACCACAUAUUCUUUGGUUAAAAAUAGAUCGAUUAAAAUUUACUUACCUACGUACAAAAUUGCACAAACAAAAAGUUAGAGGGUGAUUAGAUUAAAAAUUUAAAUGAAUUUUUUAACGUUGCUCUUGAACCGUUUAACACUUUUUUAUGAAAUUUUAUAAUGCGUGUUAGAAUACAAU